AUGUCUGGACAAUUCACUAUUCGUUGCUUCCUUGUCUCUGGUGAGAACUACGAUAUCCGUGUCACAAACAAUGAGACAAUCAGCGCAUUGAUGGAAGAGCUUAGCUCAAUGACUGGCGUUCCAGUCGAAAACCAGAUGAUUUUGCUUAAUGGAUCAUUACUUGACCCAAGCAGCACAAUCGAGUCUUGCAAAAUUCAGCCAGGUGAUAGCAUUCACUUAACAAUUAAUGUCGUUGGUGGAUACUAA